AUGGAGAAAAAAGAGCUAGCAAAUGCAGAAAAAGAAGCAAAUUUGAUUAAAUUUAUGAGCAGGGAAAAGAACAUUUCAAAUGCUGGUAAAGAUUCAAAUGAUCAACCAUCAACUUCAGUAUCAAAUUUAGCAAAUGGUAAAAAUAAAGAAUUGCCCAGUUUUUGGGUCCCUUCCCAGCUACCAGAUGCAAAAAUUUCAAAGGUGGGAAAGCCUGAUCCAACGGUAUAUUGUCCUAUAAGUGGAAAACCACUAAAAAUAAAAGACUUAAUACCAGUACAAUGGACUUUAGUAAAUGACCCUGAUGACAAAAAGUCACUUAUUGCGAAAGAGAAUAGAUAUAUGUGUCCAGUGACACAUGACAUACUAAGUAAUGCAGUUCCCUGCGCAAUUAUCAGAACAACUGGACAUGUGGUGACUAUGGAGGUGGUUGACAAAAUAAUAAAAAAGGAUUGGUUGCAUCCCCUUACUGGUGAAAAAUUAAAAGAGAAAGACAUUAUACCACUGCAAAGAGGAGGAACUGGAUAUGCACUAACAAAUCAAAAUUUAGAAGGGAAAAAUGAACGGCCAGUGUUACAAGCA